AGUAAAACCAGUUUAGGGUUUAAAACUGGCAGAGAUUUACCGCCGAUCACCGAUAUCGGUUAAUAUCGAUUUGUGAUUUCUCAUUUUGAUUCACGGCGAAGUUGUACGCUUAUUACCUUUUCACUUUCUUCAAGAAGAGUUGGGAAAGUAAAGCCAAAUAUGAACUGUUUUGGUCUUUCGCACACACUUUAUAUUAUUUACUUGCUACAAUUUUUAGUUAAUGGCACUCAUUCACGACUUAAUCUUAAAUAUGCCAUCUUAAAGCAAACACAAACUUCUAGUUUACAAAACGACACUUUUGCUUAUCGACAGCAGACCAAAUAUGAUGUCCAAAAGACAAUGCGUGUUAUUUUUUAUACGAACAACACAAAGACUAUGGAGGCAUCAGCUUUUGACGAUAAGUACGACCUCAAAGGUUCUGGCUGCUCGACCUCGGACAAGUUUGCCAUAGUUUUGCACGGCUGGAUUCAAAGCUGCUCUGACGAAUGGGCCACCUCCCUCAUUGAACGGCUCAGCUAUUACCGCGGCGGAUGCGUGAUAUGCAUUGAUUACAGUGUGGUGGCCAGUUUAUCAUAUAUGAGGUUGUAUACGAACUUCGACACCCUCACCGGAGCCAUAGCAUCGAUUAUAUUGACACUAAUUAGGCAGGGAUUCGAUCCCAAGCGAGGUUACAUGUUUGGUUUUAGCUUUGGCGGGCAACUGGCCUCAGCCGUAGGACGUUCGCUGUGGCCCCAUCAUAUUAUCGAAAGCAUAGAUACCUGCGACAUGGCCGGACCUGGUUUCGAUCCCAUUGCUGUGGACCACUCGAAGGCCGGCAGACACGUGCAAUGCUUCCAUUCCAGCCGUGACAAAGGCACCUUUGUGUACUCCUGCCACCGCAACAUUAUGCUGGGCAGCUGCGGCCUCAAACAGCCCUCGGUGGCCAGCCAACUGCAUUUGGGCAGCCAUGGACUCUGCGUGGAUAUAUACAUCAAUACCUUUGAUUAUCCCUUUUACGCUUUGAACGCCACGCCCUCCGAAUGCUGGUCCUUGCAGAAGGCAGCAAAGAUACCGGAGGGUUACACGGUGGGAUACGAGGAGAACUACGAUAGCCAAAUCACGGGGCAAAUCUUUGUACCAACUAGUCUGCAUUAUCCGUACAAUUUGUCCAAAAAAGAACUGCUCAGGCUGUUGGCGAAGAAAUGAUUCCUAUU